UUACUGUUGGGUCCUGUUCUUUGGUCAAUUAUAGGUCUAUUUUCUGUACCACACGUCUGCUUUGUUCUCAGUCGCUCCCUCCCUUUCUCAAGCUAAAAUCAAAAUGAAAUCGAGCAAAUGGGAAUCAUAAUUUGAUGAAAAAGCCGAUCGAGAGGAGGAGGGAGAGCCUUAGAGUAGGAUGGACAGCAGCGAGGAAGAAGACGAUUUCUCCACGCACGAGUAUAUAACGCCGCAGUCGUGCAUCAAUGCCAUAUACCAAUCGAAAACCGAAAAGGAUAUUAGGAGAAUUUGUACCGAACUUUUGGAUUUAAAGGAUGCUGUUGAAAAUUUACGAGGGAAUAUGCAGUCGAAGUACUUGGGAUUCUUGAGAAUAUCUGAAGAGGUAAUCGAAAUGGAGCAAGAGUUAAUUGAAUUGCAGAAACAUGUUUCUGUCCAAGGAAUUCUUGUACAAGAUCUUUUGAGUGGUGUAUUUCGAGAGUUGGAAAUAUGGAAUGAAUGCCAGAGUGAGGACGCCACUUCAAAGAGUGACCUCCAAUUUUCUGAAACUGAUAAAAUCUUGAAUUACGAUGUGGAUGACCCUAAGGUCACAUUAUUGGAGACCAUGGACAUUUUACUGGCAGAGCACAAAAUUGAAGAUGUUUUAUUGGUCUUACAUGAGGAAGAGAAGAACAAUCCAGAAUUAAGUAAUUUAGGGGAAAAUCAAUCAAAUGAAGUUUCUUCAUACAGGGAUGCAUUCCUGAAAAGAAAAGAAAUUCUAAAAGAUCUUCUUGUUGGCGUUUGUGAACAGCCAUAUGUGCGUGCUGCAGACCUAAGGAAAGCUUUAUCAGGUUUAGUUACAUUAGGGAAGGUUUCUUUGGCCCAUCAGCUAUUGUUAAAAGUUUAUGGUGAUCACCUUCAGAAAAAAAUUGAGGAUUUUCUUCCUUCUUGCUUGGGUUACACAGAAACAUUUGCUGCUACUCUUUCUCAGUUUGUUUUCUCUACAAUCUUUUUAGCUGCAAAAGAAUCAGUUUUAUUAUUUGGAGACAUGCCUGUAAUUACGAAUCGAAUUGUACAAUGGGCUGAGUAUGAAAUAGAGUCAUUUGUUAGAUUAGUUAGAGAAAAUUUGCCUCCAUCUGAGACUUAUUCUGCUCUUCGGUCUGUCAGCAUAUGCGUUGAUGCCGGUCUUCGACAUUGCUCAAUUUUGGAAACAAAAGGGUUGAAAUUUUCUAAGUUGCUUAUGGUGCUCCUUCGGCCUCAGAUAGAAGAGAUUCUUGACAUGAACUUUAGACGAGUAAGAAGAAAGAUAGCUGAGUUAGUAAAUAAUGAUGAGAUGGAAUUCUCGCCUUUGCAACCACGCCCACCUACCACGAUUGUUGCUUCAUCAAACAUUAUGUUUAUUAGUAGUGGAAGAAGUUUAAUGUGCCAAGUUGAAGAAAUGUUAGGCCAACUAACUCCGAAAUUCAUUUUGUAUUAUGGUGGAACCAUUUUGAACAAACUUCUCCAACUCUUUGAUAAAUAUGUGGACGUUGUUAUCAAAGCCCUUCCUGGUACUUCUGAAGAUGAUAAUGUCAUAGAACACAAAGGAUCCGUCUUCUUUAAGGCUGAAACCGACGCUGAACAACUUGCUCUUCUGGGAACUGCAUUUACUGUUGCUGAUGAGUUGUUGCCUAUGGCUGUAAAUAAAUUUUUAUCACCCCAAAUUGGCAAAAGGGAGGAAGUUGGUGGGUUUACUGGAUCCACUACUCCUGUUUCUAUUAGUGCUGUAGAGUACAAAGAUUGGAGGAGGCAUCUACAACACUCUUUUGACAAACUCAGAGACUAUUUUUGCAGGCAAUAUGUCUUAACUUUCAUUUACUCGAGGGAAGGGAAAGCGAGGAUGGACGCUCGCAUGUAUGUAGAGGGGAAAGGAGAUGAUCUUUUUUGGGAUUCAGAUGCAUUACCUUCUUUACCAUUUCAGGCAUUGUUUGCAAGGUUACAACAACUAGUAAGCGUGACUCGUGAUGUACUGCAUCAAAGGGACAAGUUGCAAAAGAAUUUGCUUUCAAGACUAACAGAAACUGUGGUCAUGUGGCUUUCUGAGGAGCAGGAGUUCUGGGACGUGUUUGAAGAUGAGACCAUCCAACUCCAGCCAUUUGGGCUGCAACAAUUAAUCCUUGACAUGCACUUCAUCGCUGAGAUCACAGGGUGGGGUGGAUACCCAUCAAGAAAUAUACACCAGCUAGUUUCAGCCAUUAUAACUCGCGCAAUCGGAAUCUUCUCUGAAAGAGGCAUUGAUCCUCAGAACGCCCUUCCGGAGGACGAAUGGUUUGCCGAUACAGCAAAGGCUGCAAUUAACAAGCUUUUGGGACCUUUGGCUUCUGAUUCAUCGGAAGUAGAGGCUGAUGAGCAUUUGCUUCUCCAAGACGAGAUUUCUGAUGCGGAGAAGACGCCUUCGAGCCCGUCGUCGACCACGGAAUCGUCGGAGUCUUUUGCUUCCGCAAACAUGGGGGAAACUGAGAGCUCAGUUUUCUUGUCUGAUCCUGAGACCUGAGUAAUGGAUAGAGAAUUGAUUUUGUUCUCUUCUGCAGGUAUUUUUCUGUUUUUUUUUUUUUUGGGUCCGAGUUUGCUACAGAUUUGAGUUGGAACUUUGUUUGUGAUUAUAAAAGAUGGGUGGAGGUGUUUUGAGAAAAUGGAAUGUGAUUAGAAGUUUCUUUAAAUUCUCUAGCAAUCACGUAUAAGAAGUUUUGUCUGCGGUUACAU